AUGGAUACUAAAAUAAUCUUCUCAAUUGUAUCUCUAUUGUUCAUAAAUUUCUCUCUUAUUCAAGCACAGCCAGCUGUUUUUGAUAUAACAAAAUUUGGUGCAGCACCUAAUGGAAAAGCAGAUGCAAGUAAGGCUAUAGCGGAUGCUUGGAAAGAGGCUUGUGCAGCAGCAGGAUCUAGCAAAAUAUUGAUUCCAGCAGGGACAUUCUUGGCAGGUAUAGUGAAUGUUACAGGUCCUUGCAAAGGGGCAAUAGAGGUAGAAGUUCAGGGAACCGUGCAAGCCCCACCAGAGCUUGCAGGGGGGGAUGGUUGGUUUAACUUCAUUACCAAAGGCUUAGUUCGUGACAUAACGUCUCUUAAUAGCAAGUACUUUUAUGUCAAUGUAUUGGGAUGUGAGGACUUCACAUUUGAAGGCUUCAAAGUCAGUACACCUGAAAGUAGCCUUAAUACAGAUGGAAUUCAUAUUGGGCGAUCAAAGGGAGUGACUAUAUCUAAUGCCAAAAUAGGCACGGGUGAUGAUUGUAUCUCUAUUGGUGAUGGAACCGAAAAUCUAAAAAUCACAAAAGUGGCAUGUGGACCAGGUCAUGACAUCAGCAUAGGGAGCUUGGGGAAGUAUGAGAAUGAAGAUCCUGUUUCCGGAAUUACCGUUUCCGAUUGCACCCUCACCGGUACAACUAAUGGUGUUAGAAUUAAAACUUGGCCUGCACUAUUUCCUAAUACUGCAACUAAUAUUCAUUUCCAAUAUAUUACAAUGGAAAAUGUCUCCAAUCCUAUUAUUGUAGAUCAAAUGUAUUGUCCAUGGAAUAAAUGCAAUAAAAAGGAACCAUCUAAAGUGAAGAUUAGUGAUGUUAGCUUCAAAAAUAUAAAGGGAACUUCUGCGACUGCUCUUACCGUUCAACUUAUAUGUAGCAGUGGAAUCCCAUGUGAAAAAGUGGAACUUGCGAACAUUGACUUGACAUAUAGUGGUCCUGAAGGCCCAGCAAAAUCUGAAUGUAUUGAUGUUAAGCUAACAAUUGUAGGGAAGAUUCCAGAGGGAUGCAAACGAGUGAUGAUGCAAGAUGCGAGUCAGUUUGUGGAGUCAGAUCCAUCUGAGUGGGACGGUACGGACACUUUUUCCCCCGUUCUGCCAAGAGUGCAGUCAGGAGGAGUUGGCAGUAAGGAAUCAUCAAGGAACCCUGAGAUGUCGCUAGAGGUAAACAACGAAGGAAGGGAGCAAGGAAGAGUGUCCGGAGACAGCAUGCGAGAAGAGAUGUAG